UUCUGUCUUUUUUUCCUCUGUCGCGCUGUCGGGGCGGUUGGGCUGCUUUCUGUCUCGGGAAGAUUUAACACCUAAGCAGCAAAAUGAUCAUCUACAAGUGCAUCAUCAGCAAUGAUGAGAUGUUCUCCGAUACCUUCAAAGUCAAGGAGUCUGACAGUGGGAUAUUCUUCGAAGUUGAAGGCAAGACGGUCACCAGGACAGAAGGGUUUGAUGACGCUUUAAUUUCAGCCAACGCCUCUGCCGAAGAAGCCAUCGAGUCCAACGAGUCGGCCACAGUCUCCGGAGUGGACAUCAUCCUCAACCACAAACUGCAGGAGACUGGCUUCGACAAGAAGCAGUACAUGGCAUACAUCAAAGAAUACGUUAAAGCUAUCAAGGCCAAGCUGCAAGAAACCAACCCUGACAGAGUGGAGAGCUUCAUGGCUGAAGUCCAACCAGAAGUUAAGAGGAUCAUUGGAAACAUCAAGAACUACCAGUUUUUCACAGGAGAGUCCAUGAACCCCGAGGGUAUGGUGGGUCUGCUGGACUACCGUGAGGAUGGCAUCACACCAUACAUGCUUUUCUUCAAAGACGGGCUGCUGGUGGAGAAAUGUUAACAACCUGGAUCAACUGUUAAAUUGACUGCUGCUUCCCAAAACGUCCUCUAAAGCAGACUGAAGGAGACCUACUCUGCAUCAUGUCUGAACAGAUUGUGUCCUGCCCACACUGUGGCCCCCUCGGUUUCACAGAACUGAGGAAAACCUGUCAUUCGAUCACUGAAUAGUUUUUAACUUUGUUUUGAUUUUUGCCUUUUGCAGUGUUUUUUUGGUUUUCCUUUUGGGCCAGUGUUCAUAAUGAAAACUAAAAGGGAGGACAGGAAGUGAACCUCCGGCUGCAAAGUAUUUUUUGUCCGUCUCAUACUGUUUUAGCAACACAAUCCAUACAGUUUGACAUCUCCGGCCUUCUUCAUGCUUGGGUUUAUGGUUGCAUUAAAUGAAUCCAUCCACAAUGCAAAGACUUCUGGUGAAAUUUGAAAAUAAAGUACCUCUACUUUGA